UCUGAGAUGCUACGACCAAGUUUUUGAAUGUAGUUUUUUCGUCGCUGUUGGCGAUUCGGGAUGUGGUUUCUUGUUUGUCGAUCGACGCUUGCUUAUCUAGUUUUUAUCUUGAAAAUGUACUCAGAUAUUCGGAAAAAACGUUUUGUUUAAAGCAAUUAAUGUGGUACGAGGAAGAAAUGAAGUUGGUCCCGAGGGAAGUCGAGAAGGUAGCUCUGCACAACGCCGGAUUCCUGGCUCAAAAGCGUCUGGCACGCGGCCUGCGACUCAACUACACGGAAGCAGUGGCAUUGAUUGCAACUCAGAUCCUGGAAUUUGUUCGUGAUGGAGACAGAAGAGUUUGUGAUUUAAUGUGCCUUGGAACACAGCUUUUGGGGAGACGGCAGGUUCUUCCAGCAGUUGGGCACCUUUUGGAAACUGUUCAGGUUGAAGCAACAUUUGUGGAUGGGACAAAGUUAAUUACCAUACACAAUCCAAUUGCAUGUGAUAAUGGAAAUUUAGAGCUGGCAUUAUAUGGUUCUUUUCUUCCAGUUCCUUCACUCGACAAGUUUCAUGGGGAUGAACAUGAUGACUUCCCUGGGGAAACAAUUGUUGCAGCUGGAAAAAUUGUAAUAAACUAUGGAAGGAAGGCAGUAAAGAUAAAGGUUAUAAACAGAGCAGAUCGGCCCAUUCAGGUUGGAAGUCAUUAUCACUUCAUUGAGGCGAACCCAUACUUGGAUUUUGAUAGAAGAAGGGCUUAUGGUAUGAGAUUAAAUAUAUCUGCAGGGACAGCUGUGCGAUUUGAGCCAGGAGAAUCUAAAGAGGUAACCCUGGUCAGUAUAGGAGGUAGAAAGAUUAUUAGAGGUGGAAAUGGAUUGGCAGAUGGUGCUGUUGAUGAUUCUCAAAUAGAGAAACUGUUAGAGAAUCUCAUAGCAAACAAAUUUAACCAUGCAGAUCACCCAAAUUCCAGUGAAGGUGUUGUUGGAGCAGAUGCUAACCUCACCUCAGAAGUUUCACGAGAAAAAUAUGCAAACAUGUAUGGCCCUACUACUGGGGAUAAAAUAAGGCUUGGCGACACUCAGCUCUUUGCAGAAAUUGAAAAGGAUUAUGCAGUCUAUGGUGAUGAGUGUGUUUUUGGAGGUGGAAAAGUUUUACGUGAUGGAAUGGGUCAGGCUGCUGGCUAUCCAUCCUCCCGUUGCUUAGAUACAGUUAUCACGAAUGCAGUUAUCAUUGAUUACACUGGAAUUUACAAGGCAGAUAUCGGUAUUAAAGAAGAUAUAAUUGUUGCUAUUGGAAAGGCGGGAAAUCCAGAUGUUAUGGAUUGUGUUCAUGCAAACAUGAUCAUUGGGGUCAAUACAGAAGUUAUUGCUGCAGAGGGCAUGAUAGUGACUGCAGGAGGCAUAGAUUGUCAUAUCCAUUUCAUCUGCCCCCAAUUAGUACAUGAAGCAAUAUCAAGUGGCAUAACAACACUAGUUGGAGGUGGCACUGGACCUGCGCAUGGGACUCGGGCAACCACUUGUACACCAGCUCCAUUCCAUAUGCAGUUGAUGCUGCAAUCAACUGAUGAUUUUCCAAUCAAUAUUGGGUUUACUGGCAAGGGCAACAGUUCAAAACCAGAGGGACUAGUUGAGAUCAUUAAAGCAGGAGCUAUGGGCCUUAAGCUGCAUGAGGACUGGGGAAGUACCCCUUCUGCGAUUGAUAACUGCUUGGCAGUUGCUGAAGAUUUCGAUAUUCAGGUCAACAUACAUACAGACACGUUGAAUGAGUCAGGAUGUGUAGAACAUACUAUUGGUGCUUUUAAAGGUAGAACCAUACACACGUAUCACAGUGAAGGUGCAGGUGGUGGUCACGCCCCAGAUAUCAUUACAGUGUGUGGUGUCAAAAAUGUUUUACCUUCAUCAACAAAUCCAACACGACCUUUUACUUCAAAUACUGUUGAUGAGCACCUUGACAUGCUGAUGGUGUGCCAUCAUCUUGAUAAAGACAAUCGAGAAGAUGUGGCAUUUGCUGAAUCUCGUAUCCGUGCAGAGACAAUUGCUGCAGAAGACAUCCUGCAUGAUAUGGGAGCUAUCAGUAUCAUAUCUUCUGAUUCACAAGCUAUGGGACGCAUCGGAGAGGUUAUUACUCGAACUUGGCAAACGGCUGAUAAGAUGAAGAAGCAGAGAGGUAGAUCACUUGAUGCCAGUGGAGCUGAUAACGACAACUUCCGGAUAAAGCGCUACAUUGCUAAAUACACUAUUAAUCCAGCAAUAGCUAAUGGUUUCUCAAAGGAUAUUGGCUCUGUAGAGGCUGGAAAAUUUGCUGAUCUUGUUAUCUGGAAACCUGCUUUCUUUGGUGCUAAACCUGAAAUGAUUAUUAAAGGUGGCACAAUCGCAUGGGCUAAUAUGGGUGAUCCAAAUGCUAGCAUUCCUACGCCUGAACCGGUUCUGAUGAGGCCUAUGUUCGGUGCAUUCGGCAAAGCAGCAAGCUCCAAUUCCAUUGCUUUUGUGAGCAAGAUUGCGAAGCAUGCGGGCAUUCAGAAACUAUAUGGGCUAAAGAAGAAGGUAAAAGCUGUCCGUGGCGUGCGCAGACUCUCAAAGCUGGACAUGAAGCUCAACGAUGCAUUGCCGAAGAUAGAAGUCGACCCUGAGACUUACACUGUGAAAGCUGAUGGCGAAAUCCUCAAGUGUGAUCCGGCUUCCUCUCUUCCGUUAUCGCGUAAUUAUUUUCUCUUCUAGGCUGUUCUUUGAUGCCCCAUUUCUAACUAAAGAGCGAUUUGGUCUGCACAACGAAUAAUUCCAUGAACAAAUUUUAGUGUUCAACAACAAAAACAUAAUGAAUUUCGAUCCCACUGAUGUUGGGCUCAAUAAAUGACCUUAGAUGAUUUA